AUGCCACAUAAAUCUGAUUCAAUUAUCCCCGAUGCUAUUGUGAUUGGCGCUGGAUUCUCUUCUGCCAUUCUCACCCACACGCUGGCCAAGUCUGGUUACUCGGUAAUCGUCUUGGAGGCUUCAGAGAGGCUGGGCGGGAGAAUGAACACGCUUGCGCUCAACAACCACGCUAUUGACGCUGGCUGCUCGUUUAUACACGGCUACUCGCACACACACCCACUCCACUCUCUGGCAAUGGACUUGGGCGUCGACAUCGAGCACCCGCCACCCACCAACGACUUGAUCAUCGACAGCAACGGUCCACUCGACCCCGCCGCCCAGCGCUCCAUUCAAGCUGCCCUUUCUCUCGCAAUCAACGUCGCUCAAGAUUCCUGCGCCGACACUCCCCUUCUCCACCUCCUCCGUUCCUCUCUCUCCUCCUCUCUCAGCGAUCAGCACCUCCUCCACCUCGCUUCCCAACUCAUCCACUCCUUAGACGCUCCUCUUGGCAUCCCUAUUGAAAAUUUUCACGACGCUCGCAGGUUCCACUGGGAGAAACCGCUCCAGGGUUCUGACGCGGUUGUCAAAGGCGGGUAUGCCACUCUCCUCAAUGCCGUCUGGGAUGAUGCCGUGCGCACCGGCAAAGUAUCUGUCCUGCACGAACACACCUGUGUCUCAGUCUCAACAAAGGAUCCCGUCAAGUGCAUUGUGUCCACCCAGCGUGGCCAGCUUGAGUCAAAGGUAGUAGUGUGCACUGCCCCACUCGCCACUCUCCCAUCUAUCCAGUUCCAGCCACCCCUCCCUCAACAAAAACAAGAGGCUAUCACCGAAACGAAAACUGGUUUACUCGAGAAACUCAUCUUUACUUAUAGCGAAAGGUGGUGGAGUGGUGAUGCCAACCCAUCAUUCACCCUCCUCCCCACCACAGACUCCCAGCACACUCCCAAAGAAAUCCUCCUGAGCCACGUCCUUAACGUGCAGACAUUCUCCCACCCCUCCCUCCUCAUCUAUCUCCCUCCAGGCGCAAUACGCGCACUAGCCAUGUACUCCAAGCAAGACGUGCAGCGCGCGGGUGCAGAGGUGCUUGCUGAGCGUUUACCUAGGGUGGCUGGAGUAGCGCACGCCGCGAGCACCCCUCUUGCCGCACACCUCACUACCUGGAAGAAGGACAGCACCUCGAAUGGCGCCACUACAACUUACACCACCCCUCAACAACUCCACGCCCUCCAGGCUCCUUCCACUGACGGCAGACUCGGUUUCGCCGGUGAGCACACUGAGAUUCACAACCACGGCUCUGUUAAUGGCGCUGUGAUGAGCGGGUUCAGAGAGGCACAUAGGGUAUCUGAGUACCUCUCUCGCCGGGCGAGUGAGUGA